UGCCUGCUGGAUGUCCGCACUCAGCGUGAAUACGAUGAGAGCCAUAUUAUUACAGCCCGCAGGAUUGCACAGAGUCCUACGGGGAAGUAUCUGGUCCCGGAUUCAGAGGAGCUGGCGUGUGUCAGAUACUGUGUGGUGUAUGACUGUGAGACCAGCUCUUUGGAUUAUGCCGAGGAAGGAACUGCCAUCCACUAUGCCAAAGGCUUAGAGCAGUUCACCCGCCACCCCGUGCUCGUCCUGCAGGGAGGAUACAAGAAGUUUUCAGCUUGCUAUCAUUUUCUGAGGACUCAGAGGAUCCUGUGGAUGCCCCGGGAACUAGCCAGCCUCCAGACAUACCCUGUAGAAAUACUGCCUGCAAAGUUAUAUAUGGGCAAUUUCAAGCAGGCCUGUGACCAACAAAUACAGAAAGACCUGAAGAUCAAAGCACAAGUCAACAUCUCUGAACAACCUGCAACACUGUUUGCAGGCAGCGACAGAUACCUCCAUAUAUCUGUUCCAGAUACACUUGAAGCAGAUCUUCUUUCUUCCUUUGCCACCAUUUGUCAUUUCAUAGAUGCUCAGCUGGAUCACGGAGCAGUGCUGGUGUUCUCCAGCCUGGGGAUAAGCCGGAGCAGCACAGGAAUCAUGGCCUAUCUUAUUCAUUCCUGCCUGUUUUCCCUGAAGCGCGCUUGGAACUACGUCCUGAAGUGCAAAACGAACAUGAGACCACACCAAGGCUUUGUGAAACAGCUCUUGGAGUGGGAGACCAGAAUCUACAGCACCACGGUCACAGACAUCUCCGAACUCAGUUACUGA